CAAACGAGUUAUUGUCCUUAGUCGGGAAAACUAAAUCGGAGAAACGCAAAGAUGGCUGCAUCAGCCAUGGUUGUCGACCCAAAACAAUCGUUGGAACCACCACCGUCUUUCCCUUCGUCGAGAUCUGAUCCAUAUGGAAUUUCCGACCAGUCAUCGUCUUCCGAUGAGGAGGAUUUGUAUGGCCGCCUUAAAUCUUUGCAGCGUCAACUCGAGUUCAUCGAUAUUCAAGAGGAAUAUGUGAAGGACGAGCAGAAGAACUUGAAGCGUGAACUUCUCCGGGCCCAAGAAGAAGUGAAGAGGAUCCAAUCGGUUCCCCUCGUUAUCGGGCAGUUUAUGGAGAUGGUUGAUCAGAACAAUGGCAUUGUUGGAUCAACAACGGGCUCCAAUUACUAUGUGAGAAUACUCAGCACCAUUAAUCGGGAGCUGUUGAAGCCUUCAGCGUCAGUGGCUCUGCAUCGGCACUCUAACGCCCUUGUUGACGUUUUGCCACCGGAAGCGGACUCGAGUAUCUCGUUGUUGAGCCAGUCUGAGAAACCAGAUGUUACCUAUAAUGAUAUAGGGGGAUGUGACAUUCAAAAGCAGGAAAUCCGUGAGGCUGUUGAGUUACCUUUGACGCAUCAUGAACUAUACAAGCAGAUUGGAAUAGAUCCUCCUCGAGGAGUGUUACUUUAUGGACCACCUGGCACUGGUAAAACGAUGCUUGCCAAAGCUGUCGCUAAUCAUACAACCGCAGCCUUCAUCAGAGUGGUGGGCUCAGAAUUUGUUCAAAAGUAUUUGGGUGAGGGCCCAAGGAUGGUUCGUGAUGUUUUUCGUCUUGCCAAGGAGAAUGCUCCUGCGAUUAUAUUUAUUGAUGAGGUGGAUGCCAUUGCUACAGCUCGGUUUGAUGCUCAAACUGGAGCAGAUAGAGAGGUUCAACGAAUCCUCAUGGAACUCCUCAAUCAGAUGGACGGGUUUGAUCAGACAGUGAAUGUGAAGGUAAUAAUGGCAACUAACCGGGCUGAUACUCUAGACCCUGCACUUCUUCGACCUGGUAGGCUUGACCGGAAAAUUGAAUUUCCUUUGCCUGAUAGACGACAAAAGAGACUUGUUUUUCAGGUCUGCACUGCUAAGAUGAACUUAAGUGAUGAGGUGGACUUGGAAGAUUAUGUUUCUCGACCUGAUAAAAUUAGUGCUGCUGAGAUUACAGCAAUUUGUCAAGAAGCAGGAAUGCAUGCUGUGCGCAAGAACCGUUAUGUUAUUCUUCCCAAGGACUUUGAGAAGGGAUACCGGGCCAAUGUGAAGAAGCCUGAUACUGAUUUUGAGUUCUACAAAUGAAGAGGCCUUCAAGAAAACUGUAGCACCCUUCCAUGCUCUUGUUUUAGACUUUUCUCCUUUCUGCAUCAAAUACACACCCGCAUUAACAGGAUAAGAAUCUUUUGUAUAAUUACUUUAUUGGUUUUUCUUUGUGAAUUAAAUUAAUAUUA